AUGCCCAACCUCCCUCCGUACCAAUAUACCGGCCCGGUAGACUGCACGAUCCCACCGGACCCAAGCAAGCUCAAGGGGAAGAGCGUUAUCGUAACAGGGGGCGCCAAUGGCAUGGGCGAGACAACCGUCCGCGAGUUCGCAGCAGCCGGCGCCUUCGUUACCAUUGCAGAUCUAAAUGUCGAGCGCGGCGAACAAGUCGCGAGGGAACUCGCCCCAAACGCGCAAUUCGUGAAAUGUAACAUCGUAAACUGGGACGAACAAGUCCAAGUUUUCGAAGCAGCAAUCGCAAACUCACCACACAAAAGCUGCGACAUUGUCAUUGCGAAUGCGGGCAUUAGUCGUGCCAGUGGGGAUUCGUUGUGGCCGCUUGACGAUGUAAAUGCACCACCGGUAAAACCGACCCUGAGCAUUGUCGACGUGAACCUCACAGGGACACUGUAUACAUGGAAACUAGCGGUUCAUUACUUCCGCAAGCAGCCUGAUACCGAGGACAGGGAUAGGUGUUUUAUUAUCACGGGGAGUAUGGUUGCGUGGAUUGACUCUCCGGCAAACUGGCAAUACACCUGCACGAAAUACGCACUCCGGGGGCUGAUGAGGGUGGCGAGGCGGAACUCCUGGGAGCAGGGAGUCAGGAUUAACUAUGUGGCACCUUGCUACAUCAAAAGCGCCAUCCGCAGCCCAGUAUACGAAGCCGAGCUCAUCGGCAAAGGCGUCGAGUUCGCACCCCAGGAAGACGUCGCGAAAUGUUUUAUGCGAAUUGCGACGGAUCGGACUAUGAAUGGUCACUCGUUGAUGAUUACGCCGGCGUCUAUUGCGAAGGAGGGAUUUAAGGAUGUAGAUAUGGACGACCACACUGAAGGGUACUUUAAGGAUACGCAGGAGCUGCAGUUGAGGAUUAUUGAGGAUCAGUGGGUGGAGGGCUGGAGUAAGGGGAGGACACCGGAGGGAGGGCUUAAGUCUUGAUGUCUAGGUAGGCUACAGAGCUG